UUCAUGUAUAGCUAUUUUGGGUGUAUUUCAAUUUCCAAACAAUUUUCUCUACGCUUCGACACUUUUAGUAUUUAAAGUCAGUUCUUUACCCUAUUUUCCGAUUUUAAAUUGCAUACAGUAUAAAAGAGGUCCAAGGUCUAUUUAAGACGAACGUACCAAUAAAAAUUAUCUAAGCCACUUUCGUUGCCAACGUAAAGAACCACAAAAUUCUUUGAGUUUAAGGCGCGUGCACCUCAAUUGGGGAGCAGCGCAUAUAAAAACACCCGAACCGUUUCGGCUAACCAGUUUACCAACCCAGUGACAGCGUUCUCAUAUAAAAGUAAAAGCCACUGGAUCUGGAAUCGCUAGGCGGCAACCGCCACAAUCGGGCUCAAUACAAGAGCAACCACUGCGCAUUCUCACGCGACACAGAAGAAGGACGAGGUGUAGCCGCCGAUAUAGUAUGAAGGCCGAUCAAAUAAAUCGGCUAAUGCGGGUCAAUGGGCGCAAAAAUCUCUGGUUACUGCGCAACACCAACCAGUUAUAUGAGAAUGCAGUGAAGAGCUACUAUGAACGAAGCACCUCAUUGCUGCCAUAUAGUCCGAUGUCUCAGAAUGUAAAGGUACGUGAAGAGAAUCGAGCACCCUUGCGUAUAUUGACAAUGCAACGGGAGCGGAGUACGGCUCCGGAGUAUCCGCGCAAUCACAAACAGAUGGCCGAUCAGGCGGCCUGCGCAAAUUCGGGUCAUCUGUUGAAUACGGUAAUUCAGGCGAACAGACGGCGCUCCAUGUCAUUCUCAGCGGGCGGCUUGCGUAUGUACGGCAAACAGAUAUUGAAUGACAACGGCGGCGAGGGUAAGGAUUCCAGUAGACCAGAUAAAAGUAGCACCAACGUGGUGAGUGGCAGUAAUUUGAAGGGUAAGCAGCAGCGGACGGAUGGGUGUGUGAAUGGAAAUAACAUGGAUUUGGGCGGAUUUAGUGGGCGAUCGAUGAGCUUGCCGCCGCGCACAACGCUGGAACUGGGCGUGGGCUAUGCGCUUGGCAAGGGCAAGGGGCCGCCCAGCUGUAAGCAUCAUUUCAUUGCGAUUGAGAAGACAGCGAAUGCUGGUGCGGCAUCAUUGACAAAGCGCCAGCGUAGAGACUAUGACAACGAUGCCGACAAGCUGAUGGUUGUCGACGAGGCGCUAAAGCAGCGCCUGGCCGUGCGCUUCGAUCGCCAGCCCGAGGACGAGCCAAGUACGGCGCGCUUUCGCCUUGGCUUCGGUAGCGCCGGCCUCAUCGAUGGCCGCCAGCUGCCGGGGUUGCCCAAGUCAUAUACAAUGCGCGGCGAGCAGGCAACGCCCCAUAAUGUCAUUAAGGAGCAGACACGCUUCCAGACACUCGGCGAACGGAUCAGACAGUUUGAGGUUAUACAAUUUGCGGACGGCCCAGUUGCAUAUCAGGCGUUCAAUCGCCGACAGGGCUACGCCAGCGGCCGUAUCCAACAGAUCGGCAACAAGCAUUUACCAAAGCAGGAGCCAUGCCUGAGCUUCCACAAUGUGCUCCAUACGAAUCACAGGCAGCGCAGCUUUAACUUUCAGACCCGAUCGCAAUCGCUCGAAUCAAAUUCGGAGCCGGUUUCAAGACAAAAGGAACCUCUGGCCGCAACGCAAGUGACAAACACAACUGGUAAACGCAUUAAGCCGCCGCUGGGGCCGCUGGGGCCGCUGGCGCCCAACUGGCGACCACAGCAGCAACAGCAGCAGCAGCACGAACACAAACUAGAUGCCUUGCUUCGGCCGGUCUCGAUUGUGCCGACGCCACCGUCAGCGCGGACCAAAACGAAGCUCAAACAGUGCAAGACGCCAGUCAAGAUCCGGAAGACCAAAUCAAAGCGGUCCGUCAAGCAAACAGGCAGCAUUAUCAGCAGCAGCAGCAGCUGCAGCAGCAGCACCAGCAGCAGCAGCAGCAGCAGCCCAAAACAAGCCAACAGCAAGACCACCAAUGCCGAGGCCAUGGAGAUUGUCCAGAGCAAGGUUAUCGUACCGGAUGAGGCAAAGACCAAAGAUGCAUAUGUCGAAGAGUCCAAUCAAAAAUCGAACAGCCAUGCCGACAACAAUGCCCACAAGGCAGCCCUCUCCAACAAUAUAAGCCGCACCAGCCAUUUGUUCUAUAUGAAGAGCAACUCCCGGCGACAGGAGGUGCCGGCGCCCCGGCUGGCCGAGCAGCUGCAGGCUGUGAAAAAGAUGCGAGUGACACGCAAGUUGCCAGUGGAGCUGCCCAAGCAGCCGCAAUCAGUAAAGGGCGCCCAUCAUCUGUUGGCCGCCAGCGCUUCACAAGUGUCUGCCUAUAAGCGCGCCUAUAAGAAUCGACAGCAAAUACUUCAGGCCGAGAUGCUGCACAUACAUGCACAGCGAUUGCCCGAGCAACAUCAGCAGCGGCAGCAGCGCUUUCAGCGGCAGCAGCAGCAGUGCAUUGCCCAGGAUCAGCCGCUGAAUAAGCCAUCGGGCUAUUUCCCAACGGCAGCCAAAAAGUAUUCGAUUUCGCAGCUCAAGGCUGACACCAAGACGCUGGCCAAGCACCCGGCUAAGAGUGCGCCCACAAAGAAGACGUCCGUGCAACAGCAGCAGCAGCAGCAACAACUGCAGCCGCCGGUUAAACUGGAGCCACCAAAGCGAAAGGUAAGACAACAGCCGGAGGCAAGAAAGUUAACAACGCCGCAGACAGCGGCCCAGGCCCCGCCCCGUCCCAGCUAUCAGCAAUCGGUGUCAGUUCUGGCGCCCUUUGACCCAAAGCAACGGCGAAAAACUGUGCCGCAUUUGGCCUAUGCAUACAAGUCCGCCGGCCAUGUGGCUGCCGUCGGUCAUGUGGCUGCCGCCGAGCAGAGUUUCGGCGCCGGCUAUAAGAGGCUGCAACAACAACAACAGCUGCAUCAGCAGCUGCGCCAGCGUCGACAGCAACCUUUGGAGAGCCUCUGGCGUCGCAACUACUAACGGCAAAUCCAUAAGCAAACGCAUGCCGCAUACACGCACACGCAUACGCACACGCCCACGCCCGCCCAUACACCCACACACCCAUGCAACCAUACAACCAUACACCCAUACAACCAUACACCCAUACAACCAUACACGCAUACACACACACACGCACGCACACACAUGACCCACAUACCCAGUUGCGAAACACUGCAUUGACCUGUCCCACACAAAAACAUAAAAGCCAAACGACACUCGUUUUGGCCAAAUAAAAAAUAAACGCUAAAUGUAAACAUUGUGAA